AUGAAUUCUGAAAAAGUGGAGAAUGAAGAUUUGUAUGGGAUUUUGGAUUUUUCUAAAUCUACUUAUGAAUCAAUUUUACCUAUUCUGAUAAAAAUAUUCAAAAGGGAGAAAAUUUAGGACUGUAUAGAAUUUCUUGCUUAAGUCCAAAAUCAAAGAUAAGUUGGGUAGCAAACAUUGAAGGGAGAAAUUUUUUCAGUACAGACAAGGAAUAGAUGCUUUAUGUUGGAUAGAAUAACCUUAACAGAAUAACAGAUGUUCUCAAAAAAAUUAAAGAUCAUGAAUUUAGUGAACAAAAUUACUCUUUAGAUAAAUAAGAGGAAAUUAAAUAAGAUCUUAUCGCAAAAAUAUCCUAAGAUAAAAGAUCAUAGAAUUAUUAAAAUUAUUAGUUCAUCUAACUGCCUUUGAUGAGAGGUACAUAUAGUGCGGAUCAAAUUCUCUUCAUUUACUUGUUUAAAUUAAAGUUGAUUUAAAGUAAUAAUCUUUUCAAAAUAUUAAAAUAAGAAAUACUUCACUUAGAGGAGCAACUUUUGUUCGAUGUGACUUAAGCGGAACAGUAUUUGACAAUGUCAUUAUUAGUGGAAUCAAUAUGAAUUAAGCCAAAUUAUUUAAUUGUAAGUGGAGGAAUUUAAAAAUAGAUGAGGUUAUAAAAUAAAUGGUAAUUAUAGUAAGGUAAAUUCAGUUUUGUUUUUUUCAGAUGAAAAAUCAUUAGCGUCUUGCAGCGAUGACCGUUCCAUUCGAUUUUGUGAUGUGAAAACAGGAAAAUUAAUUUAAGUAAUCUAAAGUAAGAGGGAAGUAAAGUAAAUUAGCUACUCACCUAAUAGUACUACCUUAGCUUCUUGUAGUAAUGAAUGUAUAGUAGGCUUGAGACAAACCAAGUAUUCUUAAUGUUAUAAUUAAGGUUUCAAAAUUAAAAGUUAAAUUAAAUACAAUUAGCAAACUUAGGUUAAUAGGAAUUUAAGGAUGCAGACCUAUAAAUAAUAUAAGUAAUUAAAUUGUUAUUGGACAGUGAGAUUUAUACAAAAUUUUUAAUAAAUGAGAUUAAAAAUAGAGCCUGUAAUAUGUGUCCAGAAAAUCUUGGAAUAGUUUUAUUAAUUUUCUUUUGA